CGCGAAUUGUCAGCGGCGACGGUAUACGUCAUCUUACAUUAGCCGUAUGAUUAUCGUAUUCUCCUUUUAUCUGCUCGCCGUUCCGAGACGUUGUGUGUGUGGCACGUGCACUGCAUGGAUUGGCUGUAAACAUUGAUGCAUUCUUCUCGUAGCUAAUACAAUUUUUAAUGAAGUUUCCAGAGAUGGGAGUUUUUAUAUUUCUUUCCAUGUUGCUGUUGUGUUCCACACAACUCGGAGCUGAUAAGAAAAUUAACAAAUAUGUGACUACUUUGAUAAAUGCUAAAUGGAAUGAGACACCUCUGGUUCUCGAAGCAGCUGAAUAUUUCAGUGAUGAAAAUCCAAGUUACUUUUGGAAGUUUGUUGAUGCAUUUUCCAAAAAGACAAAUAAUCUUGUAAUAGCUACAGAGAAGGAGAGUUAUGAUAUAAUUAUGGAGCUAGCUGAAAAUUAUCUGUCUGAGUCAGAGAUAGCAGUUUUUAAACUAGGAUUGUCUCUACGUAUUUAUUCCGCACGUGUUGAAAUGUUCUCUCAAAUGGCUGUGAAUAAAAACAUUUCUUCAUAUGAGUGCAACAACAUUGUUGAUAUUGGUGGAACAUUUACUUGUUCUCUAGAAGAUAUAGAUAAGUUAUUUGAUUUAUCUCAAACUGAGCAGGAUACAUGGGAAACCACAGAUACUUAUGAUAUAGAUCAUCGUUAUUUAAAUACACCAGAAACUGAUAAGGUUAUAAUAUUAUAUGGUCAGAUUGGAACUCCCACAUUCAUUGAUUUUCAUGAGAAACUGAAAAAUAUAGCUGAAACAAAAGGAAUUAAUUACAUUCUUCGUCAUUAUGUAAAGGAAAGAGCAGAUAAGAAACUGCGUUUGUCGGGUUAUGGUGUAGAACUGCAGAUGAAGUCUACAGAGUACAAAGCAACUGAUGAUUCGGACAUCAGAGACAACACAGGCAAAAACUCAGAAGUGACAAAUGAUGGUGUGGAAGAAAUCGAGGGAAUCAACUUUAUGACUUUAAAAAAACUUUAUCAGGAUCUACAUGUUGAAUUGGAUAAGAUACAGACACACCUACUGGAAACCAGUCACGAGAUCGGAGCCUUAAAAGUGUGGCAGUUUCAGGAGCUAAGUCACCAAGCAGCUGAAAGAAUAAUGAAGUCUCCAUCAACAGAGUCAUUAAAUGUCUUAACUGAUAUAUCGCAGAACUUCCCUAUGCAAGCAAAAUCGCUAAUCAGAACCAAGGUAAACAGUGAUAUGAAAAAAGAAAUGAAAUUAAAUCAGGAAAUAUUUAUGGCAAGCCUGAAUAUACAGCCAACUGAUACGGCCCUUUUUAUCAACGGUUUAUUCUUUGAUCUGGAAGCUAUCGAUGUACUGACUCUUCUGGAGUCUUUGAGGAGCGAGCUACGAGUAAUGGAGGCUCUUCAUAAAAUUGGCUUCAAUAACAAAAAAAUGAGCAAAUUAUUAGCUCUGGAUUUAUCUGGAGGCAUGGAUAGCCAGAACUUCGCAAUGGACAUCAGAGAUUCGGCGAUCAAUUGGAUCAAUGAUAUUGAAAAUGAUUCGCGCUAUAACAAGUGGCCACCGUCGUUAACGGAGUUGUUACGACCAACUUUCCCCGGCAUGCUCAGGAAUAUCCGAAGAAACUUGUAUAAUCUGGUGUUAAUAAUCGAUCCUUUGAGCGAAGAUUCUAUGCCACUGAUAGCUCUAGCACAAUCUCUCUAUUCACAUUCCGCACCGUUGAGGGUUGGAUUUGUCUUCGUGACAAAUUACACUUCCACUGUGACAGGUUUGACGGACGCCGGCGUUGCAGUUAACAACGCGUAUCAUUAUUUCGCAGACACUAAGAGCACUAAAGAGGCUGUACACUUCUUAGCAGAGCUAGGAAACUAUAUUGGAUCCUAUGGCAUGGACGUGGAAGACGUCAAGAAAACAAUCAAAUCCAAAGAUUCGUCGGCUAAUAUAAAUUACAUACUCGGCGAAGAGUCGGAGUACGACGUGGGACGACAUCUGGCCAACGACUUUAUCAAACGAUGCGGCUUUAAGAAGUUCCCGCAAGCUUUACUGAACGGCAUACCCUUAACGCCCAGUCAGUUGAACUCUGAGUCGUAUGAAGAAGCUGUGUUGUCCACCAUCAUGUCACAAACGCCCACCUUACAGAAGGCUGUGUAUCGCGGUGAUGUGACAGAAGGAGACGACGUAAUUGAUUUUCUCAUGAAUCAACCAAAUGUCAUGCCACGAUUAAACGAGCGUAUCUUGAAAGUGGACAAGCACGCGUGGCUAAACCUAAUCGGUACGAUUCAUGAAGAUGAGGAUUACACUAAAUGGAGCCAUCAGGAUUUGUCGACUUACUUGAUGAAAAAAAUGCACUACUUCUUCGUGCCACGUCGCAGUAACACGCAUCACAUGUAUUCCUUCUGGGUCAUGGCAGACUUAAAGUCAUUGCUUGGUAGACAAUUGCUGCGAGAAGCAGUUAUAUAUGUAGAAUCGAAUACCGACGCGCGAAUUAGUGUUAUUAUUAAUACAAAGGAUGAUUCUAACAUAAAAUCUGACAUUAAUAAAAUUGUUCUCGCCGCAUUAAACGCACUGUCGCCAGAAAAGGCUAUACUUUAUAUACGUAAAGUUAUCAAAGAAGAGAAUGCGGCUCUCAUUGCUAAUGGUAAUUUUGAGAUUGAGGAUGAUGCCGUCGCGACACUAUUGGAAAAUCAAAACUCGAUACUACAGUUGCAUCAAUAUUACGUUAAAAAUGUCUUGAAUCUAGAGUCGGGAGCGAGAGCGAUUUUAUGCAAUGGCCGUAUCAUCGGUCCUCUGGACAGCGACGAGGAAUUCACAAACGAGGACUUUUCUUUAUUAGAAAGAUUCAGUCAGAGUACUUACGGAGCUAAAUUGUUCAUGAGAUUGUUAAAGGACCAAUUCUUUAACGACGAUGAAUACGAAGAGAACGAUAUCACGGAUGAUAUGAUUAUGAAGAUCGCUUCGCUCUUAGUGCCACGGCCACAAACUCGAAAUCGAUUCGAUGUUCCUUUCCACGGGGAUGAUCAUAGCGUCAUCAAAAUUCCCGCGGCUAAUCCCGACGAAGUUGCCUUCAAUUUCAUCGCCAUCGUAGAUCCAGUCUCACGUGGUGCCCAAAAAUUGGGUCCAAUACUGAAGACAUUGCAACAAGCUUUGAACUGCAAUAUAAAGGUGUUUUUGAACAGUUUAGAGAAGAAUAGCGAUAUGCCAUUGAAGAGUUUCUACCGAUUCGUACUGGAACCCGAGCUGCAAUUUACAGCGGAAGGAGACAUCAGCGGUUCCCUCGCAAAGUUCACGAAACUUCCCACUUCCUCAUUAUUGACACAAUACAUUCACGCUCCCGAGAAUUGGCUGGUGGAAGUAGUCCGCAGCGUUUAUGAUUUGGAUAACAUUAAACUGGAUAACGUUGCAAUCGGUGUGCACAGUGAAUUCGAGUUGGAAUACCUGCUGCUCGAGGGCCAUUGUUUCGAGGCAGUGAUGGGAAAUCCACCGAGAGGCCUUCAAUUCACAUUGGGUACCGAAAGACAGCCAGUGAUGGUCGACACUAUAGUAAUGGCCAAUUUGGGCUACUUCCAACUGAAAGCGAAUCCCGGCGAAUGGGUGUUGCGACUGCGGCAAGGGAGAUCCGCGGAAAUAUACGACUUCACCACCGUGGACGGGCAAGACGCUAUUCAGAAUGGUAACAACGUAAAGGUCCUGAUAAGCUCAUUGAGAAGCCACGUGUUGAAAAUCAAGGUAUCCAAGAAGCCGGACAAAGCGGGCAUGGACCUUUUGUCGGAUAACGAGAAGGAUACUGGAUUGUGGAACUCUAUCUCUAGCAUUGCCAAAUUUUGGACAUUCGCCACGACAGACGAGAGCGAGGACCAAGAUGAGAAACUAAAUAUCUUCUCUCUCGCGUCCGGCCAUUUGUACGAAAGAUUCUUGAAGAUUAUGAUGCUGAGUGUCAUUAAACACACCAAGACGCCGGUGAAGUUCUGGUUUUUGAAAAAUUAUCUUUCUCCAACGUUGAAGGACUUCUUGCCACAUAUGGCCGAGGAAUAUGGCUUCGAGUACGAACUCGUUCAAUACAAAUGGCCUCGUUGGCUUCAUCAGCAGACGGAGAAACAGAGAACUAUCUGGGGAUACAAGAUACUCUUCCUGGACGUACUAUUCCCGUUGAACGUGAAAAAGAUAAUAUUUGUCGACGCUGAUCAGGUUGUAAGAGCAGACUUGAAAGAAUUAGCGACGAUGGAUCUUGGUGGCGCGCCGUACGCAUACACACCGUUCUGCGACAGUAGAACCGAAAUGGAUGGAUUCCGAUUUUGGAAGCAAGGAUACUGGAAGAAUCAUCUGCAGGGACGAGCGUAUCACAUCAGCGCGUUGUACGUGGUGGAUCUCAAACGAUUCCGCCGUAUUGCAGCGGGCGAUCGGCUGCGAGGGCAGUAUCAAGCAUUGAGUCAAGAUCCAAACAGUUUAGCGAAUCUUGACCAGGAUCUCCCUAACAACAUGAUUCAUCAAGUAGCCGUCAAAACGCUGCCGCAAGAGUGGCUGUGGUGCGAAACGUGGUGCGACGACGCGUCCAAAAGAUAUGCUAAAACCAUAGACUUGUGCAAUAAUCCAAUGACCAAGGAAGCCAAGUUGCAAGCGGCCAUACGCAUCUUACCGGAGUGGGUAGGCUACGACGAAGAGAUCAAAACUUUACAGCAGAAGGUGGAGAACGAGAGUAGACAAACAGAGAAAGAUGGUGAAACCAUCGAUGACGCUGGAAAGCACGAGGAAUUGUAAAUUUCGUACAUUACAUUUACGUACAAUGACCUGCGGUUUCCUUAAACCCUGUGGUCACUAAGAGUUUUAUAAGAUUCUGUAAAAAGAAAUUUGUGUUCGCGAUAGUAAUAGUAAUUGAGCGUCGACGCGUCAUGGCGCUUUGCGUACAUACCGUUAUCGGUAUUUCACUUUUCUAAUUGACGCCUGCCACCAGUUUACGUGUAAAUACUUGUCGCCAUCGGUGCUCAUGUAAAAUUCUCCCGAAAAUAAUGAUGUAUUGGAAGCCGAAGAUUCUCCUUAUCUAUUCUCACUAGAUCCACUUCUCAUACCUACUAUAAAUCAUAAUUUAUAAGAGAUUUCACCUUUUUUCUAUAAUUUGGCAAUUUUAUAGCGAACAAGAGACUAUCUUAAAUCAGGUCAAAGCGAGAAGUCUGAAUGAAAUUCGUUUCUCGAUGAUCGCUGAGACAGCAGUAUUCUGGUUAUUCAUGAACAACCUGUUCAUGUUGCUAAACCGAUUGUGAUUUAUUAUUGUCUAUUAUAUACGAUAGUUAUUAAGAAAUAAACUUGUAAACAAUUUUUUUAAGAUA